AUGAUGAGUGGCCAUGACAGACUAGUCUGCCUCAGUGAGUGUGGGCUAGAUGAUGACUGACAGUAGCCACUGAGGCAAGGUGGGUUUAGAGGGCUGGGGGUUCCCCUGGGAGGGGAGACCCAGAGCAUGGACCCAGAGAGUGGGGGUACUGCUGGGGCAGAACCCUGAGGUAAAGGGCACCAGGAUCUGGGAAGGACACAGGGCUUGAGGCAGGUGAGACAUCAGCCAGCAGAGGGUGCUCUGGAGCUGGAAAAGAGCUAAUUCCCAGGAUGACCAGCAGGAGGUGCUGCACUGGUCAAAGGACACAGAAGAGAAGAUGGACUGGGGAACAUUGCAGAAGGUUUUAGGAGGUGUGAACAAACACUCCACCAGUAUUGGGAAGAUCUGGCUCACUGUCCUGUUCAUUUUCCGUGUUAUGAUCCUCGUGGUAGCUGCAGAGAGAGUCUGGGGAGACGAACAAAGUGAUUUUGUCUGCAACACUCUGCAACCAGGAUGCAAAAAUGUUUGCUAUGACCACUUCUUCCCCAUCUCUCACAUUAGACUGUGGGCCCUUCAGCUCAUCUUUGUCUCAACUCCUGCACUUCUGGUGGCCAUGCACAUUGCACACAGACGGCACAAGAAGAAAAGGCAGCUCAUGAGUGGUGAGAAAGUGGAUAUUGAAGAACUGAAUAAACAAAAGUUUCAUAUUCAGGGCCCCUUGUGGUGGACGUACACCUGCAGCAUAUUCUUCAGAAUCAUCUUUGAAGCUGUCUUCAUGUAUGUGUUUUACAUAAUAUAUGAUGGAUACCAAAUGCCUCGCUUACUGAAAUGUAGUGCGUGGCCUUGCCCCAACACAGUGGAUUGCUUUGUUUCUCGACCCACUGAGAAAACAAUGUUUACUAUUUUCAUGCUUUCUGUGUCUGGGAUCUGUAUGCUGUUAAAUGUGGCUGAAAUGUGUUAUCUGGUGAUAAAAUUUUGUAUGAAAGCACCUAGGAGACCAGUAACUUUAAAAUAGCUCCCCACUCAUCAGAAUGUUUCUCCCCCCCAACUUCCUGAUAGGUAUCAGAAAACAGUGAUGUUUUUCAGGCUGAAUGAAAAUAAAAUGUAAACAUAAAAUGUAAUUUAUUUUAAAAAUUUGAUAGCCCCCCCAUGAAACUUACUGAGUUUUUAAAGAUCUUAAAGAUCAUGGAUGUGUGCUGAAUACUCCCUUAGCUGACUACUCAGCCUGAUCCUGCUAGCUGUAGCUUUUCAAGUUUGCAACUGGUAGAAGAGUAAACCCUGCUGUGAUUCCAGUGUUAAGAAGCCAAUGGAGUGUAAUCAUUUAAAAAAGUGAUACACUUGUGUGCAUCUAGCUGUGGGAGAGGCCAGAGAGGGGAGAUUCACACGUUCUUAGCAUAUAGUGUGCGUUGCACCAAUCACUUUCAGUGAUGAAGUUACUAAGAAGGGUUUGUGUCUGAAUGGGACAGAGAUUUGGUUUGGGGCAUUUUUAGGUAUGAGACUCUCCUUGCUGCACUGGGGAAAGAGGAAGGCAGAAUGGCAACUGCAUCUAUGGUAGGGUCCUUGUUUCUCUCUCCAAGCUCUGUGUGUGUGUGUGUGUGUGUGUGUGUGUGUGUGUGUGUGUGUGUGUGUGUGUGUGUGUGUGUGUGUGUGUGUGUGUGUGUGUGUGUGUGUGUGUGUGU